GACGCAGGCCACACCGGAUGCCGCUCCCCUGUGAGGUUGCGGACCGUGAGCGGCGGCCGCUGGUCCAGGCGCCAUGGCUGUGGAGCGGACCUGGCCGCUGCGAGGCUCUGGCGGCCCGAGCGCGCCUAGUCGGUGUGAGCCCGGCGCGAGGUCCCGGGCCCCGGGGCGCUCGCUCAGGUAAAUUUUUCCAUAACCUUAUGGAGAGAAAGGACUUUGAGACAUGGCUUGAUAACAUUUCUGUUACGUUUCUUUCUCUGACGGACUUGCAGAAAAAUGAAACUCUGGAUCACCUGAUUAGUCUGAGUGGGGCAGUCCAGCUCAGGCAUCUCUCCAAUAACCUGGAGACUCUCCUCAAGCGGGACUUCCUCAAACUCCUGCCCUUGGAGCUCAGUUUUUAUUUGUUAAAAUGGCUCGAUCCUCAGACUUUACUCACAUGCUGCCUCGUCUCUAAACAGUGGAAUAAAGUGAUAAGUGCCUGUACAGAGGUGUGGCAGACUGCGUGUAAAAAUUUGGGCUGGCAGAUAGAUGAUUCUGUUCAGGACGCUUUGCACUGGAAGAAGGUUUAUUUGAAGGCUAUUUUGAGAAUGAAGCAACUGGAGGACCAUGAAGCCUUUGAAACCUCAUCAUUAAUUGGACACAGUGCCAGAGUGUAUGCACUUUACUACAAAGAUGGACUUCUCUGUACAGGGUCAGAUGACUUGUCUGCAAAACUGUGGGAUGUGAGCACAGGGCAGUGCGUUUACGGCAUCCAGACGCAUACUUGUGCAGCAGUGAAGUUUGAUGAGCAGAAGCUUGUGACAGGCUCCUUUGACAACACUGUGGCCUGCUGGGAAUGGAGUUCCGGAGCCAGGACCCAGCACUUUCGAGGGCACACAGGGGCGGUGUUUAGUGUCGACUACAAUGAUGAGCUGGAUAUCUUGGUGAGCGGCUCUGCAGACUUCACUGUGAAAGUAUGGGCUUUAUCUGCUGGGACAUGCCUGAACACACUCACCGGGCAUACGGAAUGGGUUACCAAGGUGGUUUUGCAGAAGUGCAAAGUCAAGUCUCUCUUGCACAGCCCUGGAGACUACAUCCUGUUAAGUGCAGACAAAUAUGAGAUCAAGAUUUGGCCAAUUGGGAGAGAAAUCAACUGCAAGUGCUUAAAAACAUUGUCUGUCUCUGAGGAUAGAAGUAUCUGCCUGCAGCCAAGACUUCAUUUUGAUGGCAAAUACAUUGUCUGUAGUUCGGCACUGGGCCUCUACCAAUGGGACUUUGCCAGUUACGAUAUUCUCAGGGUCAUCAAGACUCCUGAGAUACCAAACUUGGCCUUGCUUGGUUUUGGAGAUGUCUUUGCCCUGCUGUUUGACAACCGCUACCUAUACAUCAUGGACUUGCGAACAGAGAGCCUGAUUAGCCGCUGGCCCCUGCCAGAGUACAGGAAAUCAAAGAGAGGCUCAAGCUUCCUGGCAGGCGAAGCUUCCUGGCUGAAUGGACUGGAUGGGCACAAUGACACGGGCUUGGUCUUUGCCACCAGCAUGCCUGACCACAGUAUUCACCUGGUGUUGUGGAAGGAGCACGGCUGAUGCUACGAGCCACCACUGCUGACUGACGUGGGGUGCCUGGGCUGCGGGUGUUGAGUGCAACCUCUGUGGUGGCCGACUGCAUGAACCAAAGUUCUCACCUAAUGGUAUCAUCACGCAGUGCACAAUCAUUUAUCUCGUUUGCUGGGGGCCAGGGCUCUGGGUGGGGGAGGGCUCGUUUUAUUGACAUACAGCGCAGCAUGCUAAUGAGUACACCAUUGAUUUCAUUUGUACUUAGUUAUGUUGGUCAGUAUGAGAGGAUGCAUUUUGGGUUCAUCUUUCUUGACUAUUGGUUUUUAAGUAAAGAAAUUUAAAUGGUUUAUUAAUCUGCUAAUUGGUUGCCUAUAAACACACACUCAGUCUAUUAUUAAAGCUUUUACCAUUGCCUUUUUUUUCUUUUGAAGAUGAAGCAAAGGUGCUAUGAUGUUUUACAGCAACUUUUUUGACAUGGGGCUUAGCUUUUAUAACAACCAGUGUUACGAAGACCACCAAGUCCUGUAAUAUUCAAAAACUCUCCACCAAAUACCAGUUCUAAAGAAAGUCUUGUCUUCCAGUACAAAACCAAUUUGAUAAGUUGUUUGUAAUGCAUUCUAACUCCUAGUUCUCGGCAGAGUCAAGGUCGGCCCAUGUCUAAGAUGGGACAGAGUUCUGUAGUUUUUUUCAUCUGGAGCAAGCUGGUCCUGGGUCUCCCACGGUAUAGGUGACUGCACAGAGUGACAUGGUGCAGUAGAAAGAGCAGUGAAGUAGAAGAUUGGCUCUUUCACCUAGGAAUCCUGUGACCUUAAGCAUAUCAUGCCCCUGACCCUGGUUUCUCUAUCUGCACAACUAGUUGUUAAGCUAAAUGAUUUGUAAGAUUCUGGUCCUGCAUAUACUAAAUUGUGCAAAAGUUCUUAUUUUUGUUUUGUCUGAUUCCUGAUUCAUUGUUUCUUUGGGGUUGGAGAUAAUAUAUAAAUUAAAUCAUUCAUACAAAGCUGCCAUCUGUAAGGAAAUCAAAUACAUGAAAAAGAAGGCUAAAAGGAGCAUGUAUAAAAUAUAUGCCACUUAGAAUUUUUAAAUAAUUGGUGGAAGGAAUGCUGAUAGGAGUUGUGGUUCUGUAGAGAGGCAAUGUGCUGUAUUGGAUACCUGACCCUAAUUUUCCCUCUGACUUGAUAUAUGUCCUCAGGCAGGUUCACUUUCUAUCCCUGGGCCCUCUUUCUUUGAAUCUUUACAAUGAAGGAAUUGCCCCAGAUUAGGAUUCUCAAACUCACAUGCCCAGGAGAGUUAUGCAGAUAACAGAAAUGAGUGAGGCAUGCUGGGUCGGAUCGGGCCGAACCACAGAAAGCUUAUAGAACAGGGCAGUUACUCAGCUCUAAGUGUUAGGCAGAAAUGAGCCCAGCGUUGGCAGGUCUUCAGUUUUUUUUCAGGAGGAACAGAAUUUUAUUUGAAAUUUCUGAUUUAGAGAUGUUGACAACUAAUUGAGGGUAAUUUAAAAUAGAGUGGGCUAAACAAACGAUGUCUAUGGCUGCCAGCUGGUAUCCUCCACCCUUUCAUUGCUAUAAAGUUAAAGAAUACUGUGUGAUUCAGCAGUGGAAAUGUUUUAACAAAAUUAUCUGGCCAUUCAGCUGUCCCUUUGUGAUACAGGGGAGUGGGGGAGGGGGUAUACUUCAUUCACAGACAGGAAAGCAGUUUAAAGAUGAACAUAAGAACCAGAACCUCAGUGAGAGCCUCUGCCUGACAGUAUGAGUUAUUCCGUCCCCUUGCUGAGGGUAAUGGAGUGUGUCCCCGUGUAAGGUGGGAAAAGGCUCCCAGCACAGCUGAGAAGGAUGCAAACUCUGCAGUGGGGACACUGCUCUCUGAGGAUCUGCAUUUGCGAGAGCCUGGCAACGGACUGCUGACUGCGGUGAGGUUUAGAGAAUUGAUGGUUUCAAGGACAGCUUUAGUCAAUAUCCACGGUGCCACUCUAAAGGAAUUAGGUAAAAGAGCAAUAUCUUACCCCAUCCCCCAAACCCAUCUCAUACUGAGUUCUGUGUAUCAGCUCUGCUUGGUCCUCCAAGAAGUGGAACCUGAAUUGCAGCUGGAAUCUGUUUUGCAGGAGCCUCAGGAGACGUGGGGCAGUGAUGAGGGCAAAUGCCUUUUGCCUCAUGCAGCCAACCAAGUAACUGAGACUACUGUUAUUAUGACCAUCCCUACUCCCACCUCGCCUCGAGAUAUAUUCGUAGCUUCAAAGAGCAAGAAAUUUAUUAUAGUAGUCAAUUGUCGGUGGAAGUUCGUUUGGAAAUGACAAGCCUGAACUUGUAUGGUGUACCCCACUUCCCGUUUCAGUGUGGACACCCAAGUUACCAAGGUGGCACCGAGUGGCUGAUUUUGACGGCAGCCCUUGAGGCUGGGGUUGGAGUCCUAACUUCGAUUCCUCCUCGCAGUGGUCUUCACGGCACCAAAGCCUUUUAUUUAAUUGCCUUAUAGUUGCAAGACUUGGUCAUACUAUUGCUAGCUUUUAUAAAAACGGAAUACUAACUCAUCCUGUAAAAAAAGGAAGCGAAAUGGGGAGGCAGCAAAAGGAGUGGCCAAGGGGUACCACGGUGUAGUUGCUUGGCCGCCUUUCGCUGAGGGAGGGGCUGUCUUCCACACGCUGGUGUCUGCUUCCUUAGCUCGGAGGCGAGGAUCAGGGCUUUCCCUCUUUUGUGACUAUUCUUAGUUCUGAAAAAUUCUUAAGUCAUGGGCAGAUGGGUUCCGUCCUUUGAGCACAUUGGACAUCUUGAAUGACACUUGAGUUUGGUGGACGUGAAGCGCUUCUCUCAGGGCCAUGAAGAGCACAUACCGACCCAGGCUCCAGGGUGAGGGGGUCCAGGCCAGCUGAGUGGGAGGUUUUUAGCAGACUUUGUUCCCAGUCCAAAGGAAGCAACCGUAUUUUGCCGUGUAUAAUGUGCACUUUUGUGCCCAAAUUUUUGAGGGAAAAGUAAGGAUGCCCAUUAUACAUGUGUAAGUACUAAUUCAUAUCUAUAUAAAUGUUUUUAAUUCCUUUUUUUAUGUUUAUGCAUUAAAAGUAUAACUCUAGAAAGCAAUAACAAUAUCCGUAUGCAAAAUAAUACCCUGGCAUAUGAUAAUUGGUUUUGUUUCUAAAUAUAAAUAAAUAAAUAAUUGAAUUAAAAAUUUAAAACAAAAGAUAUUUUCCCCCUGAAAGUUUGGGCCAAAAAAUGUGGAUGCACCUUAUACAUGGGAGUGCAUUAUACAUGGCAAAAUACGGUAGCUUCCUCCAGCCCUAUUAUUUGAAGUAGUCAGUGUUGUCAAAACUGGGCCUUAACUGACCUUCAGACCUCGUAGAGAAAUAGGAAGAAAGACUUCUUCCGGGGAGGGGCUCAACUUUGAAAAAGCUCUGAGGGAAGGUUCAUGUUUGGAUAGCUUCUCAUCAGUGGAAGGUGAGGAACAUUGCUUGUUAACUUUUAAGGUUUACACUUCAUUUUUCAAAAUUUAAAAAUUGCUCUGUUCUGGCCAUUGAAAAUGUUUAGUGUAAAAUGUGAAUGAGGAUUAUAUAAUUAUUCUAGUAUUUGCUCUCAGGAGAAUGAUUACUGCUAUGAAUUUAUAAAAUAAGGAGAAAAAAUAUAUUUGGAAACAGUAUUAUUUGAGACAUGAAGAAUUUGUUUCUGUUAGAUGAAGCAUUUUGCCCAAAGUAGCUGGGGAAAGCAGAGUCUGGCUGUACACAUUGCUCUCGCCAGACCCCGCCAGCUAGCUCUUCGAAGCUGUGCUCCUGUGCCCUGGCUGCCCGGGAACCUAGAGGUGUGUCUUCCCGCCAUCACUUCCAGCGUCCUGAGCCGCCUCCUCUGGGCCUCCUGCAGGCCGAGGUGUCUGAAUCAGCUGCUUUCACUGCAGGGAGGUGUGCAGUAUCAGAGGGCUGCUCCAGGAUGCAGCCUGGGGCAGGGCGCUCUGGCACCUUUGCCUUUACGGACACAGAGUUGUCAGGAUAGGGAGACGCCCUGUUAUGUCUGUCCCCCUGACUGAGCCUUUGUAUCUGGUUAUGCUGGUGCUGGCCAGGGUAUUUAAGAUGCUGUUGGGAUUUAGUCCCCAGAUGAAGUGUCUGAUGAAAGGAGCAGGUUAGUGUCCUUGACAGAAAUGCCCACUAGCUGUCUUUGGCAGUGUCUCUAACCAGAGGUUCCCCAUGGCUGCUCUAGGAAAGUGAACUUUUUUCAGGAUAAAUCCUCAGAUGGGUUACUGGCUGGUCUCGCACCCUUCCCAUCAGCCUAACCAGGCUGGAGGAUCAUGCUCGCUGCAAACAGGAGUUUUGCUGUCAGGUUCUUCCAAUAUGUUUCCAGCCUUCUCUAGAAUGGUUUUGUUGGUUAAAGUUCGUCUUACAGUCCUGACCAGUGUAAACCUACUUAAUCAUUGUAGCUUAAAGAAUCAGCUGCUUCUGCCCACCAGGAAUGUGCUCAGAUAAAAAGGUGUGUUUGCAUAUUUAAACCAGGUAAAUUAUUCAUUCAGAUGAUACAAACUCAACAGUUUUUUGGAGUCCCUUUACUCAAAUUGUGAACAGACGUAUUUCACUAAGGCUCUCCAACAUCUAUAGCAACGUGGUCAAAUUCAUUAACUCACGUUUCACUAAUUUGAUGUAUGUUGUGAUCUAGGGGGAACGAGGUGAAGUUUAUAUUUGAACUGUCUGUAGGGCAGGGGGGAAGUAGGGAUUGUUUAAACAAAUAGUGGAGUGAUUGUGGUACAAGGUGUCUCUGUAAGACAAGCCAUUCUUCUCAUGCAUCAUAGAACUUCCUUUUACCCAUGAGUGAUCGUGCUAACUAGAAAUCAUUUAUAUCUAUACAUUAAAACAGGUUCCUCAAUUAGGCAACAUAUGGUUAGCCAAGCCCAAGUUAUUGUUUGUACUUGAAAGUAAUAAAGCUGCAUUUCCUUAAAAAUACAUUCUGUAGUUAAGACUAUUUUCUUGCUUCCCCACCCCCCACCACCAAUUCAGAGGGGACUUUUCAAAAGUGUGUGUGUUUUAGAUUUGUUUUUAGA